AUGCGUUUACAGAAAUAUAGAGUAUUGGGUGUAUCCUCAAAAUGGUUGCAAAGGAACGUUAGACAAGGUGUAAGUGACAGCAUUAGGUUCGGUUGCCAUACCCAGAACCCAGUCACUUAUAACUGCUUUGCGCUUUGUCGCACACAUUUGUUAACUUCAGCGCGACUAGUAAAAGUAUCUUAUUUGUGUGGAGGAAAUACUGCUCACUCGUCAACGUCACUAUCGAACAACGGGACAGUGUUUAAAGACCCUCUCAGAUAUUACACUACUCAGGGUACUGAUUCCACAACUGACAAACCCAACCCAACCCCGUUCGACGUGCUUGGUUUGCCCCAUAGUGCAAGUACUGCUGAUGUGAAGGGGCGUUACUAUGAGCUCGUCAAGCAAUAUCACCCUGAUAAAGUUGGACAUAAUUCGCCUGCUGCUCUGAAUAGAUUUCGCAAUGUCGUUAAGGCAUAUGAAUUGCUUAGUAAUCCAAAAAGUAGAGAACUUUAUCUUCGCUACGGCAUAGGAUGGAUUGAUACGUCUUUUAUGAAAAAUACCAUACAAAACAAUUCGUCCUACAAAAGUGGACCAAGAUAUGCGCAUGUAAAUACUUGGGGUCGAGGGGAGGCUGGUGGUAAGCCUAUAUACAUAUCCAAUAUAUAUUUUGCGGCCUUUUUAGUAACAGCAGCUAUUUUUUGUUCAAUGUUCCAAUUCUUGCGAGCAGAGAAUUCAAUAAGCAGUAUUAGAUUAGCCCAAGAGAGACAUAAUUUACAAGCUAGUAAGGACCUGGCAAGGGCAAGACAGCAAGGAAAAAAAUAUGCGCGACAGAGAAAAGCUGCCCUGAGGUUAAUGUAUAAUCAAUCAAACGGAUAUAAAGAUGAUAAUAAUAUAUGUAAUAGCGGGCGCAUCGUGAGUGAUGAUUUUGAAGUUUCCAUCAAUUCCUGA